AUGUCGAAAAAUACAAAACGACAGAGGACAUUGGAGGAUGUAUUUGGCAGUAAUUCAACAAAGAAGAGAAAAAAAUCGAAUGAUGAUACUUCGAAUGUUGAUAAACAGAAUAUUGUAAAUACUCCAACUACGAGUUCAACUGUAAAAAAGAUCUCUGAUAAUGACUUAGAAUUAUUAAGACAAUUCGAUCUCGACAUGAAAUUUGGACCUUGUACUGGUAUUCCACGUAUUGAUCGUUAUGAUCGAGCUAUACGUCAUGAGUUAGAUCCUCCUGUUCGUGUAUUAGAAUUAAUCAAUAACUAUCCAAAUGAUCGUCAAGUUACACAUUGGUAA